AUGGUGAAGAUUUUCUGGUCUCUCCUGCUCUUAAGUUUGCUUAGUGGACAACUCAACGCCAACCCUGGACUCAAAGUGAGGAUCACCCAGAAAGGGCUGGAAUAUGCCAAGGAAGUUGGGCUGGAAAUCCUGAAGCAGAAUAUGGAGAAAAAGCAUUUCCCUGAUUUGAGUGGCUAUGAGAAAUCCGGGCUUGGUAAUGUCAACUACAACAUCUCAAAGAUACACAUCACCGCUGUUGAAUUCCCCAGUGCUUCCAUCUCCCUCAUACCUCGAACUGGUAUAAAACUGGUGAUUGAAAAUGCUUCUCUAACCUUUAAUACAAACUGGAACAUAAGGACCUGGAUGUUUAAAGACAGUGGAAGAAGCACAGUGUACAUUUCGAAGGUGUUUGUUACUGCAGUCUUUUCAAUACCCCUGGAUAACACAGGCCAUACAUCUAUAUCACUUACCAGCUGCCGGACAACUUCUGGUGAUAUAGACAUCAAGUUGAAUGGAAAAAGUGGCUUCCUGCAUAACUUCUUUAUCAAGUAUCUGAAGAAACCUAUUCACAGGACCUUGGUCACUAACUCAUGUCCCAACAUCAGAUCUGGAAUCCAGUUGAUAGAUAAAGACCUGCAAUCACUGAGUGUCCUACUGCCUAUUGAUGAUUUGGCCGAAGUAGACUACUCCUUAAAUAGCUUGCCAGCAGUAUUCCGGCCAUUCAUUGACCUGGACUUAAAGGGUAUAGUCUACCCAGCUGGAAACUAUACUGAUCCUCCCUAUGUGAUGUCACCCUUCAACAUCCCAGACCAAAGAGACUCCAUGCUCUACCUCGCCUUCUCUGAGUAUUUCUUUCAGACCUCCUCAUUUGCUUACUACACCGCAGGUGCCUUCAACAUCACCAUUGCAGAGGAAACUUGCAGCCAUUUUAAUAUAAGCACAGAGAUAUUUGGCAGUGUCAUCCCUGAGGUAGCCAAAUAUUCAGUUACACCCUAUCCAGUGAUGCUGAAGCUAAUGGCUACUGAAGUACCUAUCAUUAGCUUAGAGCAGGAUUUCUUCACGGUAGAGAUUCGGGGCUCUAUGGAGGUGUUUGCUGUUCUACCAGACUCAACCACCCAGUCAUUGUUUACAAUGAACAUGACAGCCAACACCAGCAUUGCACUGAAUAUAUUUGACCAGAAAUUGAUGGGAUCGCUGUGCUUGAACAGGCUCCAGUUCUCGCUAGCCCAUUCCAAUGUUGGUUUUUUUGAGAUCUCACUUCUGGAAAAUAUCCUGUCUUAUAUUUUACAGACUGAAGUAAUUCCAUCAGCUAAUGCCAAACUGUCAAAAGGAUUACCUCUUCCCAAUCUGGCCAACGUUACCUUCACGAGACCUCAGAUCACAAUUGCACAGGGAUACAUGUUGAUCUCUACUGAUGUCCACUACAAACAUUAA